AUGGACGAAGCUCCGCUUUGUUUAUUUUUUUCGCAUGUUGUCAAGAUGAAAAGUGACCCAACACAUUGGCCAGGUUUUCUCGAGGUGCACAAACACUACUUGGAGCCAAUAAUAUGGAUUCGAGGAGCGCUGUUCAACGACGGCAUCUCCACCGGUGACAUCGCUCGAAGACUUCUUCUUCCGAGAGCAACUGUCUAUCGAGUUGUGCAACAAUUGAAAGAUCGAGGACAUGUGUUGGAGCUUAAGAAAAGCGGAAGACCUCGUACUGUCAACACUCGCCGGACUCGUGGCAUCAUCAAGAAGAGAAUCACACGAAAUGAUGCGGUCAGCAUGAACCAAAUGGCUUCAUCGCUCGGAAUCUCAAGACAAUCGGUUCAAUCCAUUUUGAAAAAGGACUUGGGUCUGAACAGUUAUCGGCUCCUUCGUGGCCAAUACCUCACAGAACAGUCCAAGAAGAAUCGGCUCGAAAAAGCGAAAAAGUUGCUCGACGCACUCAAGGUGCGCCGCCUCUCUGAAGUCAUUUGGACUGAUGAGAAAAUUUUUACGGUUGAGCCGCUUCCGAACCGACAGAAUGCUCGGCAAUUGUUGUCAAAGGACGAAGCAAAGUCCCCAAAACGUCGUCUGGCCUACAAGAGACUUUUUCCAAAGUCAGUGAUGGUGUGGGCUGGAUUGACGUCGGAAGGACAUGUGGCCCGCUUCCUCGCCCGAUCUGAAUCCACUCGACUUUUCCGUUUGGGGAUAUUUGGAGGAAAAGGUGAUGGCUCGAUCGCACCCAAAUGUGGAUUCACUUUGCUCAAAGCAUGGGAUGAUCUUGACGAUGACUACCUCCGGCGCACCGUCGCUUCUGUUCCAGCUCGUUUGAAGGCGUGCAUCAAGGCCGAAGUCUCAAACUUCGAAUAUCUCCUCUGA